AUGUCUUUAGACUUGCCCAACACCAGCACUGACAAUGAACCUCCUCCCAAGCCUGCCAUCCGACUGACAAUUCCGCCCCGGUUGUACCUCCUCCCUGGGGCAGCAAUACUUGUCGGGACGAUGAUCGGUCUACGGCGCGGGGCGCGGACAGCAUCGCUGCAGUUCCUUGCGGAAAACGCGCACCGACCUCCGACCACGGUCCAAGGAUGGUACUUCUACAACAAAACGAAGAAUUACCGUGUGCUCAUGAGCGGGCUGAAGGAAGCAGGGCAGGAGGCCGUGAAGCUGGGAGCCACGGCAACGGUGUGGGUGGCAUUGGAGGAGGGAUGUACGCAGGUCGGGAACGGGAUGGAAGACGUGAGCGAGGUCGUGGCGGGGGCGGGAACUGCGGGCGUAUUUGCGGGCAUAUCGCCGAAGACGGCCGAUAUGCAUGACCCGCCCUGCCCGCUCUCUGCUUUCUCUGCUCCUCCCUCCACGCACUCGUCGUCCCCGCUCUAUCUCUCUGCACUCUUCCGUGUGUCUGCAGCAAAGAUGCUCAAGUUCUGGCCAACCAGCCCCGCCGAUCUCACGCCUAGGGCAGGCCCAGAUGGCAGGGAACGCCGGAAUCCGUUCGAUCUCCCGACCGACGACGACCUCCACCACCAGCCUCGACAGCACCGGCUCGACUCUGCCCACCCACCGUCCUCCCCGUCCUACCACCACCACCUGCUCUCGACUCACCACCACCUGCCUUCACCGUUAGUCUCGGCUCCCUCCGGCAACGCGCCUGAUCCUUCCUCCCACCUCCCCGCUCCUCUCACUCCUGGCAGCGCUUUUCCCGCUGCCUUGCCCACCACCAGUCUCUCGCUUCAUGCGCCUGUCUUUAACAUGCAGCAGCCUCCGCCGCCCAAACACCCUGGCACGAGUCGCCAGCCAUCCGCCAAGCCAUCGCCCUCAUCUUCCGCAUCCUCGUCUCUAUCCGCUGGUACCAAUGUCUCAGUCCAACAGACCGCAGCGCUGACAGCAUCAGGGCCAUCCAAAGGCCAGAUCCACGUCAAACUCAUUCAAGCUCGCGGCCUGAACGUCCGCUCCUCCGCCUCGCGCCCUUACGUCGUCGUGCAAUUCGAACAGAACGAGUUCGUCAGCCGUGACCCAACUGAUGAGACCGACAAGGAGGUCAAAGGCAUCGCGACUAAUCUUUCACGCAACUCUUCGUCCAAUGCCCUAUCCGCCCUUGGCGCAUUGAACAAAGCUACCGCUACUGGCCGCAAUAGCAGUGCCAGAGGCAGCCAGUCUGGGUCUCCCUCCUCGUCCAACAACAGCUCACUCAAGACCAGCGCGCUAGCCACCGGGUUGUUUGGUUCCCGAAUAUCGGCAACGAACCCGGUGUGGAAGCACGAGGUGUCCUUCGAUGUUACAUCGGACCUAUCUGUCAUUACACUCAAUGUCUACGACCGGUCGGCGAGCGACCCUGGGUUCCUUGGCACAAUACAAAUCAAACCUGUGCUCGCGCACGACCACACCGUAGAUCAAUGGUACAAGCUGCGUCCGUUCGAGAACGAGCCCGUGACUGGGGAAAUGCGCGUUCAGAUCACCUUCGAAGCAUACAAGACCAAGCGCGCACUAACUCCUCGCGACUUCGAGUUCCUCAAGCUCAUUGGACGUGGUACAUUCGGGCGUGUCUUCCAAGUGCGGAAAAGGGAUACUAAACGCAUAUAUGCGAUGAAAGUCCUUUCCAAGCGCGAGAUCAUUGAAAAGAAAGAAGUCGCACAUACUAUUGGCGAACGCAAGAUCCUUCAGCGCUCACUUGAUUCUCCUUUUCUCGUUGGUCUCAAAUUUAGCUUCCAAACAGACGCAGAUCUUUAUCUCGUUACGGACUUUAAGAGUGGCGGAGAGUUGUUUUGGCAUUUACAGAGAGAGACGCGGUUCAGCGAAGAUCGAGCACGAUUCUAUAUCGCGGAGUUGAUCCUGGCGUUGGAGCAUCUACAUAAGUAUGACAUCGUAUAUCGGGAUCUCAAGCCAGAAAAUAUAUUGUUAGACGCAACGGGUCAUGUCGCACUUUGCGAUUUCGGGCUCUCAAAGCCCGACCUUCGAUCGGACCAGCUGACAAAUACCUUUUGCGGCACGACGGAAUAUCUUGCGCCAGAAGUCCUUUUGGAUGAGCAUGGGUACUCCAAGCUGGUCGACUUUUGGAGUCUGGGAGUUUUACUGUUCGAAAUGUGCUGCGGUUGGAGUCCCUUCUAUGCAGAAGAUACCCAGCAAAUGUAUAAGAACAUCUGUUUUGGCAAGAUCAGGUUCCCUAAGGGUGUAAUUUGUGAAGACGGGAAACAAUUCGUCAAGGCACUUCUCAACAGGAAUCCGAAGCAUAGGCUCGGCGCGCAGCGAGAUGCGGAAGAACUUAAGGAGCAUUUGUAUUUCAAGAGCAUAGAUUGGAAGGCGCUGUCACUCAAACAGGUCACACCACCCUUCAAGCCAGCAGUAGAGUCGGACGAGUCGGUCGCCAACUUCGAUCCAGAGUUCACGACGGCGGAUGUACGAGACGCUGGUAUUGAGGGGAUCGUGGAUCUUGACGAGGAGGAUCCAUCCGAGGACUGGGUUGCACUCACGCAAAGUGCAACUGUUGGCUCGUUACACACGCCUAAUGGUCCGCUUGGGAGCGAUCGUCCAGUAGCGCCUCCACCCGCAGGCAUAGAAAUUGUUGGAAAGAAGAAAAAACAAGAACCUGCCAGUAGUCCGCUCACAAACAGCGUACAGGAAAACUUCCGUGGAUUCACAUACCAUGGCGAGUCGGUGAUGCCUGCCGCAGCAGGUGUCCUAGCAGGAUAUGAGCCAGAGGAGGAUGCGGUAGCACAGGGCGAGAUAGACGAGCCUGGGACGGACGAUGAGCUCGAUGAGGCUCCUGCGGGACGAUACGCACGCAGAAACGGCAAUCAUGUUGACGACUUCGACGCAGAUCUGCAUGUAUGA